AUGACAACUAGCAUACUCGAUACUUAUCCUCAAAUUUGCUCUUCCAACGCUUUACCAGGCACUCCUGGCAAUCUGACUAAGGAGCAAGAGAAAGCCCUUUUGCAAUUUAGAUCGAUCCUGCUGGAAAAGAAUUACAAAGAAAGGUUGGAUGAUUCUACACUAUUGCGGUUUCUAAGAGCAAGGAAGUUUGAUGUCUAUGCCAGCAUUAAGAUGUUUGUAGAAACUGAACAAUGGAGGGAGAAAUACGGUGCCAACACUAUUAUCGAGGAUUAUGAAAACAACAAGGAAGCUGAAGACAAAGAAAGAAUUAAACUGGCCAAAAUGUACCCUCAGUAUUAUCAUCACGUUGAUAAGGAUGGGAGACCAUUGUAUUUUGAAGAACUGGGAGGAAUCAACUUGAAAAAAAUGUACAAGAUUACCACUGAAGAACAGAUGUUAAGAAACUUAGUUAAAGAGUACGAACUUUUUGCCAGGUAUCGAGUUCCAGCUUGUUCGAGAAGGGCAGGAUACCUUAUUGAAACCUCGUGUACUGUGCUAGACUUGAAGGGAAUCUCGCUAUCUAAUGCGUACCAUGUACUUUCUUAUAUUAAAGACGUUGCAGACAUCAGUCAGAACUACUACCCUGAAAGAAUGGGGAAGUUUUAUAUUAUACACAGUCCAUUUGGUUUCGCGACAAUGUUUAAGAUGGUCAAACCCUUCUUGGAUCCAGUCACCGUGUCAAAAAUUUUUAUCCUUGGCUCCUCUUAUAAAAAGGAAUUAUUAAAACAAAUUCCUGUCGAGAACUUGCCUGUUAAAUAUGGUGGCACGUCCAUCUUGCAUAACCCUAAUGAUAAGUUCUACUAUUCUGAUAUAGGUCCUUGGAGAGACCCUAAAUAUAUUGGGCCGGAAGGUGAAAUUCCCAAUAUCUUUGGUAAAUUUACAGUUACCAGCUGA